AUGUCCUUCUCAUCAGUCAAAGCCCUCCUCACCCAAUACUCCCCCAUCUCCGAGAGCUCGUUUCGCGACUCGGAGAAAGACGACCAAAUCCCACUGGGACAGGACAGGGAUCUCGAACUUCACAGCCAUGGCGGUCCUUCCUCCGCUCCUUCUAGUCGUCCUGAGAAGAAGACCUUUAUGGACGCACGAGUGAUUUCAGAUGCCAUUAUCGGUCUGUCGGAUGGAAUGACCGUCCCAUUUGCCUUGACGGCUGGUUUAUCGACGCUGGAAGAUACGAAAGUCGUUGUGUUUGGUGGAUUGGCUGAGUUGAUCGCUGGUGCUAUUUCCAUGGGCCUGGGAGGAUAUCUCGGUGCCAAGAGUGAAGAAGAAUCAUACCGAACAACCCUCAAGCAAACCCGUGAACAAACCAUCAACGACUUCGACGCCACCACUAGCAUCAUCUCCGACAUCUUCGCUCCCUACGAUCUCCCCGCCCAGACAGUCUCAGAUCUCACAAAACAUCUCGUCGACUCCCCCAAUCUGCCCCAAUUUCUCAUGAAUUUCCAUCACACUCUGCCCGAACCUUCGGGCUCGCGAGCCGUUACAUGCGCCUUGACGAUUGCGUUGGGUUAUUUCAUCGGUGGCUUUAUCCCGCUUGUACCUUAUUUCUUCGUUGGUCCCGAGGGCGCUUUUAGUGCGUUGAAAUGGUCUAUCGCCGUCAUGGUUGUGGCGUUGUUUGUGUUUGGCUAUGGAAAGACAUGCUUUGUGACGGGUUGGAAGGGCCGAGAAAAUAUCAAGGGUGGUGUUUAUGGCGGUGUGCAGAUGGUGAUUGUGGGUGGUGUGGCGGCUGGAGCGGCCAUGGGGUUGGUCAAGCUCUUUCAGCUUUUGGCUCGGUAG